AUGACAGCUUACGACAAUGAAGGUGCGGACAUAAAUAUGGAAGAUGUGGGUCCAGAUAGCGUGACCAUCAGUACAAUAGAAGAAGAAUUGGCCGCAAGAAGAAACCGAAUGCUAAAACCCCAAAAAUCUACAGUAGCUUCAAGAAGACAGCAAGCGGUAUGCGUUAGAAGAGCCCACAAGAAGUAUGGACCCAGAAAUAACCCAAAUAUCAUCCUUGAUGGUUUGAAUAUGACUGUACCUAAAGGUGCAAUAUACGGUCUACUUGGUGCUUCAGGGUGUGGUAAAACUACACUGCUGUCAUGUAUAGUUGGACGACGAAGAUUAAAUUCCGGUGAGAUCUGGGUUUUAGGAGGCAGACCCGGUGGACCUGGUAGUGGAGUUCCGGGACCUAGAAUUGGAUACAUGCCUCAGGAAAUCGCCCUAUUUGGAGAGUUUUCUAUCAGAGAAACGAUGAUAUAUUUUGGCUGGAUAGCAGGCAUGGCCACGAAAGUUGUUGAUGUAAGGAUCGACUUCCUAGUAAAUCUGUUGCAAUUGCCCAAUCCUACCAGGCAAGUUAAGAAUCUAUCAGGAGGACAGCAGAGACGAGUGUCGCUUGCAGCGGCUUUACUUCAUAGCCCUGAACUUUUAAUCCUGGAUGAACCGACAGUUGGAGUUGACCCAGUACUUCGUCAAGGGAUCUGGGACCAUUUGGUCGAGAUAACGAAGGGAGGAAGGACCACUGUUAUAAUUACGACUCACUACAUUGACGAAACGAAGCAAGCGAAUAUUAUCGGCUUAAUGCGUGGUGGUAGGUUCCUAGCGGAAGAACCGCCUGCGGAUUUGAUCCAACGUUACGCGGCCGACAGCUUAGAGGAUGUCUUCCUUAAGUUGUCAGUUCUUCAGAAUCUUGGCAAGAGGCGCCGUUCCAGUAUAUUGGCUGAUGUAGUGGAACGUGUUGAAAUACCAGCGUUGCCUGAUCCCUCAGCAGAUAUAGAAGAAGCAGAAAUUGGUGAAAUUUCUGGAGAGUUUGGGGACAAUGUAUCUAUGAGUAGUAAAGGUAGAACGAUAGUUACCGAAACAAACGCAACUAUAGAAGCUUUACCCCCAGAAGAAAAACAACACAGGGCUUUUAUAGAGAGAAUCAAACCAAUGAAAUUACAUCACAUGGAAGCGCUUAUUUGGAAAAACUUUUGGAGUCUCUUCAGGAAUUACGGGUUAUUAUCAUUUAUAAUAGGGUUACCGGUAUCUCAAAUGAUCCUAUUUUGUCUCGCCAUCGGCCAUUAUCCUCUUGAACUACCGAUUGGCGUAGUCAAUUACGAGAUUGGACCUAACAAUACUAACGUGCUAUGUCAUUAUAAUAAAAAUAUUUGCCCUCAAGAUCCCGAGACGUGGGAGUGGAAUUUGACAAGAUUCAGUUGUACAUAUUUGGACUAUUUAUCGAAACGACAACAUAAUUUGAUUGCAUUCCCAUCUAAGGCUGUAGCAUUGGCAGAAGCUGCAAGGGGAAAAGCUAGAGUGGUACUUGUAUUUCCAGCCAACUUUUCCACAAGCUUGCAAGACAGAGUGAGAGAUGCAAGACACGCUGAUAAUUAUACGAUAGCGAAUUCAGAGAUUGAGGUUCAUUUGGAUGAUACAGACAAACAAAUGGAAUGGAUGUUAAACCGUGAUGUUCAACUUGCGUUAAUGGACGCAACGGAACAUUUGACGGAAGUUUGUAAUCUGCCUAAACGAAUGCUGUCUGUACCAGUUCAUUUCAAUAAGCCCAUAUUUGGGCUCGAGGUUCCAAACUUCACUGACUUUGCCGGCCCUGGAGUAAUAUUGACAAUUAUAUUUUUCUUGGCCGUUGCUCUGACUUCUGGUGCCAUGUUACAAGAACGUAAUGAGGGUAUCUUGGAAAGAUCUCUCGUAUCGGGUAUCACAGGUACGGAGAUUCUGUUCUCUCACGUCAUAGUCCAGAUGUUAGUGAUGGGAGUUCAGACUGUGACUGUGCUCGUGAUUGGCUUCCUGGUAUUCAAACUUACUCUCGAAGGUUCACUUGUGUGGGUGAUAAUACUCACACUUAUGAACGGCCUUUGUGGGAUGACGUUUGGUUUCGUAGUCUCAUGUAUAUGUGAUACAGAGCGAACUGCCACUUACCUCGCUCUGGGAUCUUUCUUACCAAUGAUGUUGCUCUGUGGGAUCAUAUGGCCAGUGGAAGGUAUGCACCGGGUUCUUCAAUGGAUAAGCUAUGUACUACCACUAACGAAAUCAACGGAAUCUUUAAGAUCGAUGCUGCAAAGGGGUUGGUCCAUAGAAGUUCCUACAGUGUACUCUGGCUUUAUAUCAACAGUUGUUUGGAUAGUUGUAUACCUCACAGUCAGUAUAUUACUUAUAAAGUUCAAGAAAGGUUGA